CAGCAUGCAAAAGUACAGAGCCAGUAACUGUGCGUAAUGGCUUGAGGAUCUUUCUUGAGAUGGAAAAGUCCGCUGUGCUGUGAAAUAAUAUUACGUGCCAUUUAAUCUGAAUACACGUUGGUGGAAGAUGCACUGUGGAAGGAUGCCUUGAACUGUUUAGGUCUAAAUCGUCGGGGAAACAACAUUUCACCGAGAAAUCGGGCUUGUCGAUGAAAACGAGCAGCUUUAUUCUCUACGCGGUAACGCCUGACGCAACCAAGUUCCAUUUCAUGUGUGGACUCUUCCUUGGCAACAUGUCCUGACAUGUCAGGAAACAGAGCAGGAGAAAUGGGAGGACAAGUCAAACCGUCACAGGGGAGCAGCUGUAAAGGAUCACAGACUCGACAGUCAUCCCAGGACGAGGAGUUGUGAUAGGACUCGGGGGACCAAAAGAAGGAGGAAGAAUUUUUCUUUUCAGCGAACAAGACCAUCUCGUGGACUACAAAAUCAGCAGCAGCAGGCCUCAUCUCUGGGUCACAUAAGGACGCGGUGUAAAGUCGUCUAAAUAUUUAACAUUUGAAUGUUAAACAAAUCGGGGGCAAAGCUCUUUUUUUUCUGUCAUUAAUACUGGAGUAUUUUGAAGCACCGAAGGAGGACCCAUCAUCGGCAUCAUUAAAUAGAGAGCCUUGGCAGCGCAGUAGAACAUGGGCGUUGGGGCCCGCACAGUGACUCCUGCCCCAGCUCUGAGGGCCCGAUGAGGGGCCCCAGCCCAAGCCCUCUCAGGGGCCGGCACUUUCACUGCCGGGAAUGGGCCCUGGAGAAGUUGCGGCGAUGCUUGGAUGCCCGGGGAGACUGCAACGAGAGUCGGGCAUCGGUGGGCGUGUUGAUGACAGGGGGGCCCGGUGCGGGGAAGACGGCUCUGAGCACGGAAACGUUGUGGCCGCAGUCGGAUGCGGGCAGAGCCUCGGGGCUGGCGCCACGCUGCCUGGCGUGGCACUUCUGCCAGCGGGAGGAUGAGGGCAGCGUGGCGGUCUGGAGGUUCGUCCUGAGCCUGGUGGAGCAGACGAGGGCCAGCCCGCUCUUGCCCCCGGCGUAUGGCCACAUGCUGGGCAGCCCUGACAUUGCACCCACGCUGGAACCUUUACACUGCCAGCGGGAUCCAGAUGACACUUUCAGAAGGGCAGUUCUGGAGCCCCUGGCGGACCUACCCCGUCCGGUUCAGAGUGUGUAUGUGUUGGUUGACUCCCUGGACUCCGGGUUCGGUGCUGGGCUCAGGGACGGGGUGGCAGCUGCUCCCACGGCGAGUCAGAGUGGCUCCAUCGCUGAGCUGCUCUCCAGGCACCUCCACCUCCUGCCCAGCUGGCUCCUGCUGGUGUGCUCCGCACGGCGCCAGAACAAGACCAUCUGCAAGAUGUUCUCAGGCUUCAGAAGAAUGUGCCUGGACGACCUUCGGAAGCCACUCAUAGUGCGGGACAUUCAACAGUACAUCCUGCGGCGCCUCGACCAGGAGGGGGCGCUGCGUCGGCAGCUGACCCCCGACACAGCGGACAUGCUGAACCUGCUGCACAUCAAGAGCGGCGGCUGCUUCCUCUUCCUGCAGCGCGUGUUGGACGGGGUGGCCGCCGGCCUGGUGGGCCUGCGUGAGAUCCGGGACAUUCCAGGGACCCUCAACGGGCUCUACCUGUGGCUCUGCCAGCGCCUCUUUCCGAGGAGGCUCUUUGCUCUCGUACGGCCGCUCCUCAAUGCCCUGCUGGCCUCCCCCAGGCCCCUCACCCCGGCGCAGCUCUAUGCUGUGGUCUGGACUCAGAACGCCAGCCUCAGCCUGGAGGAUUUCCAAACUCAGCUGAGUGCCCUUGACUCGCUCCUUAUCGACGGACCUGGAGGAAGCAAGCUGUUGUUCCACAGCAGCUUUGCCGAAUGGCUGACCGAUGUCAAGUACUGCACACAGAAGUACCUGUGCAGCGUGCAGGAGGGACAUCUCAUGCUGGCCAUGGCCCUAUCAGUCCAAGCUAAGAGACUGUCCACUGAGGAGACCUGCCUAUUGGGUUACCACCUGGUUAGCUGUGGGAUCCACUCCAAUGACCCUGCUCUGCUGGCACUCUGGAUGGUGUGGACUGAGGUACCAUCCCUUGGCAGAACCAUUGAGGACUGUUGUGAUGGGGACACUGGAGGACACUCGCUUAACCCUCCAUCGUCCGUGUCUCAUACACCGGUUGUGAUCCAACAGGAUGUCUUUCAGCUUCUGAUGAAAAGUGGGGUCUAUCCCCCAACCUGUUCUCCUGACAACGGGCCCAGUGUUGGGGUGCACUGCGCCAACAGUGGUAGUGGGAUCGUCCGGAGAGCACUCCAGAGAGAGGACUCUGUCCGGGUGCUGCUGGACACCGGGGUUAGUGUGAACCGGACUGACCCAUCUGACGGGCGCACUCUGCUUGCCACAGCAGCCCAUGCUGGCUCAACUGACAUAGCAGCUCUCCUGUUGUGUCGCGGGGCAGACCCACUCCUCAGAGACCACCAGGGCCAGACGCCACUCACUCUGGCUGCCAGGCAGGGACACGUGGGAGUCUUGCAGGUGCUGCUGGACUGGGCGCAGGACCAGCACGGCCUGGAGGCAGCAGCGGUGCGGAACAUGCUGGAGCACUCGGACACGGAGGGCUGGACCGCUCUCCGCUCCGCUGCGUGGGGGGGACACGUCGAGGCCGUGAGGCUCCUUCUGGAGGCCACGGUAGAGGUGGAUGGCUAUGAUGCAGAAGGACGGACCGCCCUGCGAGCAGCAGCCUGGGGAGGCCACGAGGAGAUUUUGCUUACUCUGCUGGACCACGGGGCGCAGGUGGACAAGGUUGACCGCGAGGGACGCACCCCUCUCAUCGCUGCGACUUUCAUGGGGCAUAGGGAGGCUGUGGAGAUCCUCCUGGACGCAGGGGCAGAGGCGGACCUUGCGGACGGGGAUGGUCGGACGGCUCUGUCGGUGGCAGCACAAUGCGUGCCGAGCGGAGGCAGGGGAUACGGGGAGGUGGUGAGCCUCUUGCUGGAGCGAGGGAGCGACCCGGCACACAGGGACCGCGACGGGAUGACACCGCUGCUUCUGGCUGCUUACGAGGGCCACGAUGAGGUGCUGGAGCUUCUGUUGGAGGCCGGAGCGGAUGUGGAUGAGACGGCCGGAUCCCAGCCUUCCGCUGUGGCUACCGUGACGCCUCUCCUGGCUGCCGCGUCCAUGGGUCAUGCCAGUGCGGUGAACCGUGUGUUGUUCUGGGGGGCCGCCGUGGACACGAUCGAUGGCGAGGGCCGCACUGCCCUGUGCCUGGCAGCUGCCCGCGGCAGUGUGGAAGUGGUUCGAGCCUUGCUGGACCGCGGUCUGGACGAGAACCACAAGGACGACCUCGGAUGGACACCGCUGCACGCCGCUGCCUGCGAAGGCCACCGCACGGUGUGCGCUGCUCUCACUGAGAGAGGUAGCAUGGCCCGCGUGGGAGAGCUAGACGUCGAAGGGCGAACUCCCCUCAUCCUGGCUGCGCAGGAGGGCCACUGCAGCACCGUCAGGCUCCUGCUGGACCGCCGUUCCCCCAUUGACCAGAGGGGCUACGAUGGACACUCGGCCCUCAGCGCCGCCACCCUGCAGGGCCACGGGGAGGUGGUGGAGCUCCUGAUGAGGCGGGGGGCGGACACGGACGUCCGUGACGCGGAGGGGAGGCCCCUGCUCUACCUGCUGGUGCUCGAGGGCCGGCUGGACAUGGCUGCCCUGCUCAUGGAGAAAGGGGGGGUGCCGCUGGAGUCACGGGACUCGGAGGGCCGCACGGCACUUCACGUGGCCGCUUGGCAGGGUAACGCUGGAGCCAUGAACCUGCUGCUGGGACGCGGAGCUGACUCCAACGCUCGAGACUCAGAGGGUCGACCGCCACUCCACUCAGUUGGGUGGAGGGGUCACGUAGAGGCUGGACGCGUGCUUCUGGAGGCCAGGGGAAUCAUUGUGGACCUGGCCUGUCGCCAGCAGGGAGCCACAGCCCUGUCCAUAGCAGCACAAGAGGGACACACUGAGGUUGUAGUCAAGCUACUGCAAAAGGGUGCCGACCCAGACCAUGUAGAUUCCUAUGGACGCAGUCCAGUAAAAGUAGCAGGGAAAAGAGGUCACUUUGACAUUGUCCGGCUGCUAGAAAGCUACGGGGCUAAGCCCUACCCCUGUCUUCUACCUGGAACAAUCGGCAACCCUGGACUGUCCCAGACUUCCACAGUGAAGUCUUCUGCCAGCUCCGGGAGCACUGGGGAAGGGCGAGGCAUGGCACACUCCUACCCAGCAGCCUCCUCAGCCUCCUCAGCCUCGGCCUCUGCAUCCUGCUCCCCCUCAUCCACUGCAGAGCGCUUCCACUCCAUCCAGAGCUCCCAGACGUCCUCGUCCACCGGCCACUCGCAGGCCACGGUGCAGACGGUCCCGGCGGACAGCCUGAGCUUCACACAGCAGAUUCAGCAGCACUCGCUGCCCCGCUGCCGCAGCCGUCCCUCCACUCUGCCCCCACCAGGGUCGGCAGCCGCCAGUCUCCAUGGCAGCACCAAGAGGAGCCAGAUCAAGACCACUUGCAAGGCGUCUCCUGCUGACACGCAGUACUUUCCCUCUGGGCUCUUUCUGGACUUGAAUCAGCCUCUGAAGGGGCUCCUGGAGUCUCUGGGUGGGGACUAUUCGGCAAAGCCCAAAAUGCAGACUCUUUUAGGGGAAGACUUGACCAAGGGCUCGCCGAACUUUGUGGGAGGAGGGAAGUGGAAUUCUGUCAUGGCGUCUCUAGGGGUGGCGCCAGGGCAGGACGGUGCCACCAGACCCGUGAAAAGCAGGGACAGCCCGCCCUUGGGGUACCCGCCGCCACAUCAGAGGGAGGCGUGGGAGGUGUCCCAGAAGGCAGCAUUCUCCCAAGACUUUAACUUCAACUCAGCAAUUUCACCCAGUGCCUUAACUGACGAUGCCAUGGUCAACAUUACGACAAAUGACCCACAUCUCAGUCGGAAGCAGGCCAUCAAACUCCAGUUUGAGGGGCCAACUAGCGCCGUGCUGUAUAAGAGAGAGACCCCACUGUGAGGUUUAUGUGGCCAGUGAGUAGCUUGGAGGAGCAUGGCUAUUGUGUAAACUGAAAGAUGAGAGGAAAGUGUUUGUCACGACACCUUCUGACCUUCUUCCCGCUAGAGGAAAAGAGGGGGGAGCGAAAGCGUUUGAGUUGAAAGUCUGACGCUGUUUACAUUUAACCACUUCCCUUGUGCCUGGACGGUGUGGAAAGCAGCUGUCACUGAUAUACACACAACAAUGCAGGCUGUUGCCUUCAGACUCGCACGUGACACCAACCCAACCCACACCCACCCAUCCAUGCAGACACUUGUAUCAUCACAUACCACUACAAGAACCUUUCUCCCCUCUCCACACAUACGCAGCUCCUCCAAACGUCUCACCACUCAAGAACAAUACCACUGUAAGUUGGUGUCGGGACUAAAGGGACAGGGAUCUGCAUGGGACUUCCGGAACAUUCCCACGCAACCCCACCCAUAUGUUAUGUCUAAAGCCAGCACAGUGAAAUGGCUAUAAUCACCAGGGCUCUGACUAGACACAUACCACAGAGACAGAGACAGAGACAAACUAAUCAAGCUGUAACUGCCUAACUGGAGUUUUGGACUAUAAUUUGGGAAUUUUGGGGAUUUUUCCCUAAACUUUUUUUCUUUUUCUUUCUGUUCUGAUUUCUUUCAUUUGAAAUAAUAACCCUGUCAUAAUUCACUGAUGUCAUAUUUAUAACGUAUGUCCUGGGUGGGUGACUUUUUACCCAGAGGAUUUGGUGCUUUCAUCUUGAAAGGGUGGCACUGACCUCUCUAAUUGCAUCUGGAGUGCUGGCCGUUAGUGACUGACGAGGCUGAGGAGGACGGAACAAAGCACACAGCUGAGCGAACAGACCUGCCAGCCGCAGGCCCUCGGGACCAAGAACUAGGACCAAGUCCAAACACAGAUGGGGUUUAUGACACGGAACGAACAAGAAGGAAGGAGAGGAUAAAGGAUGAGGUCAACAGUGGUAAAUUCCUCAGUUGCGAGAGAGAGAGAGAGAGAGACGCUAAAUUCUACCUAAUGUACUUAUUUUUAAUCUAUAUUCUAACUUACCAGGAUGUUUAAAUUAAAACAUGACUGUGUUUAACAUGACUGGUUUUGCACAUUGUUACAUAAUUGUGUCUGAAAUUCAUAAAGGACGCUUUUGGUCAA